UCCUAUCUUAUUGGACAUGGCCAACUCCAAGGAACUCCGGGUGGAAGCUGGUUCUAAAGCUCUCCUUCCUUGUCCCGUGGACGGAGAGAAGGAUCUGGUGUUCUUUGAGUGGUAUAAGGAUUAUCAAAUUUUAGAUACUUUUGAUGGACGUCGUUACCGGGUUUCUCGAAGCGGCACUCUGAAGAUCAAGAAUACUAUCCCAGAGGACACUGGACAAUACCUUUGUAAGGCUGUUAAUGGCUUUGGCACUGUGGAAACUUCAAUUACACUUAUUGUAUAUGAAGCUGACAAGAAACCACCAAAGGAAGACUGGCUAAAAAGACCUAACUCCAGUUUGAAGACUAAGACCUUACCUCAAGGUGCAAAAGCGAGUAAGCCAGAGUUGGCGGGAAAUCACCCAAUUAACACAACAGUAGAAUAUGGAAGAACAGCAACAUUCCAGUGUCGUGUCAGGAGUCAAAUGACUCCACACAUCCAGUGGCUGAAGAAAAUAUACGAGACCGACGCCAACAGUAAGAACGUCGUAAAGAUCAACGGGCAAUAUUUCCAGGUUCUGACGUCAUCAGAGGUCAGUAAGAAACCAGACGGGCUUUUUCUGCAUAAGCUACAGAUUCCGGCAGCGCGAGAGUCAGACACUGGACAAUAUUUGUGUCUGGGAGCUAACACUCUAGGAUAUAGCUACAGAUCUGCCUUUCUCACGGUCAUGCCAAAGCCAAAGUCUUAUAAUCUCAGGAAAGAAGAAAAGAAUGAAUGGACCAACAAACCCGAUGUCUUGCUAAUUUCCCUACCAAUUACCAUGGGGGUGGCGAUUGGUGGAUUUUUGUUGUUGCUGGUCGCGUGCCAUCGUCUAAGAUCACUGAAAACGACAAAAGAGAAAAGUUCUGGCGGAAAAUCAAGAGACAAUAUUAUUCCUAUCCAGCAGCAGUCGUCCGACUCUGAGAUUGAGGUGUCACGUCGCUUGUGUAACGGUGCUGCUAAGCUGGUUACUCCUGACCAUUGGUCUUCAAAAGGUCAUAACACAAAGUACCAGGAUGUGAAACUGACCACAUUCUCCGAAGGAGCACCACACGUGGUUCCGACUGAAGCUGUCGUCAGAGGGGAGUCGGUGAUGACGAGAUUAUACAGUAAUCCUUUUGCAUCCCUCCCAUUUGAUGAAGAGGUCGUUUACGUUCCCAUAGAUACCGUAUGAAUAAAACGCGAAACAAACUUCACUGAAGGUAACGGCCUCUAUUGGAAUAUUUCAAAACCUUUUGAGCGGCAGUGAGAUGACUUACAAGUGAUGAACACGCUUUAUUCACGUAACAUUAUCAGCUUGAGUGUGUAUUUCAUUGUGUGGAAAAUAUAACAAAUUCAUCUUCCCAUUUGAAACCUACGAAACAAACCCAAGAUUCGGCCCUAUUGAUUUGUGACGUCACAAAACCUGAUUGAUUGCAUUCCCGCACUUCUAUUGGAGGAGAACUGACAUUUCGUUUAUAUAAGCUACGCUUUUUUUCCACAACAGGGAUCGAACCUCCAGUUUUAGCCUUGUAAGCCCAUAACGCUGAGACAACCAGUAUAUUGCUUUUAUUCACUAUAUUAAUAAAUCGGGAAGUAAUUCUAAAUAAAAACUCCAUAAACAGUAGUGU